AUGUUCACUUUGCGGGCAGCAGUUAUGUGGACUGUGAAUGAUUUCCCAGCAUAUGCAAUGGUUUCUGGGUGGAGCACAAAAGGUUAUAUGGCAUGUCCUGUAUGCAAGGAAGAUGUAACUUCUGGUUGGCAUGCUGGAAAAGUUUGUUACCUUGGUCAUCGGAGAUGGUUGCCAUGGGACCAUGAGUGGAGGGAAAAAGAUAAAGAGUUCGACGGGAACACUGAGCGUCGCCUUAGACCCAGAGAAUGGUCCGGUGAUGAGAUAUUGGACCAGCUGAACCGGUUGGAUUUUGCUCCCUUCGGGAAAACAGUUAGUCGUAUCAGACCUUCUACACAUAUGAACUGGACGCACAAACCUAUGUUUUUUGAGCUCCCAUAUUGGUCGAAACUAAAAUUGAGGCACAAUCUAGAUGUGAUGCAUGUUGAGAAAAAUGUAUUCGACACAUUGGUGGGCACGAUUCUAGAUAUCGAGGGGAAGACAAAGGACACGAUCAAAGCUCGUCUUGAUUUGGAAAGAAUGGGCAUACGAAGGGGUUUAUGGAUGAAUAGGGACAAUGAUAAAGCUAGAAGGGAUCUUGCAUUCUUUUCUAUGAAACCGAAUGACAAGAAAGAGUUUCUAAAGUUUGUAUCGUCAGUAAAGUUUCCCGAUGGGUAUGCUUCUAAUAUCGCACGUUGUGUGAAUGUUGACGGGGGUAAAUUUACUGGACUUAAAAGCCAUGACUGCCAUGUGUUUAUGCAACGCCUACUUCCUGUUGGUAUUCGACACCUAUUGCCGGAAGAUGUAGUGAAGCCAAUCAUUUUGUUGUCCAGAUUUUUUUCCCAACUGACGGCGAAAACUUUGCGAAAAACGGACAUGUUUCAGUUGCGCCAUGACAUUGUCCAAGUCCUAUGCAAGUUUGAGAUGAUAUUUCCUCCAGCUUUCUUCACAAGUAUGAUGCACGUGAUGGUUCACUUGCCAGAAGAGGCAUUACUUGCUGGUCCUGUCAACUAUCGCUGGAUGUAUCCAAUAGAAAGGCUUCUCGGAGAGCUGAAAAAAAGUGUACGCAACAGGGCGAAGCCCGAAGGAUCAAUCGUAGAGGCUUGGGUUCAAUAUGAGUCGCUUACUUUCUGCGGAAUGUAUUUAAAAGAUGUGGAGACGGUUUUCAAUCGUCCUCAGCGCAAUCAUGAUGGAGGUAUGAGAAAUGAAAAACUUUCUGUUUUUGCCCAAAGCGCACGACCCUUCGGAGAUCCUGGACGCGGAGAGUCGUUUUCUAGAAAUGACAUGGAGGUAGCGCAUUGGUUCGUACUGAACAAUUGUGAUGAGAUCAUGGGAUACUUAUAUGAGCAUGAAGAGAUGAUGAAGCGAGAACAUCCAUCACAUUUGGUUGCCCAGAAACACCGUGAAUUGUUUCCACAAUGGUUUUUGGAUUCUGUGAAUAAGUUGAAAUCAUCGAAUUCCCCAACUUACAGUGAUGAGUUAUAUAACUUGGCGUUUGGCCCGAUUCGCGCUGAAUUGUUCUCGGGUUGUAAUGUCAACGGUGUCAAAUUUUUGGCCGAAGCACGAGAUGACAAGUUGUGUACGCAAAACAGCGGUGUCCAUGUCCCAGGUGGAGGCGAAAGUACGGACAUUGAUUUCUAUGGCAAACUCACAACUGUCGUGCAAUUGCUUUACAAAGAUCGAUACCAAGUGAUCAUGUUUAAGUGUCGAUGGUUUGACACCAACCCAAAUAGGCCGGGAAGUGUUAAAAUCGAUCAUGGCUUACUAUCUGUGAACAUGAACAGAACUUGGUAUGAUGACGACCCUUAUAUUUUGGCAAACAUGGCAACACAAAUUGUGUAUCUAGAUGACCCUAAAGCCGGAAGCGGUUGGAACGUUGUUCAAAAGAUGGAUCACAGGAACGUGUAUGCUAUACCAGAACUAGACCCAACUGACAACAACGUCAACAAUGUAGCUGACCAACGUUUAGAAUCUUCAAUGGAAAAUGAUGCGGAAACACUUCGAGAUACUAAUGUUAUACAAGAGCCAUUUCAAAUACAAGGAGUGUCUUCAAUCGAAAUACCGAUUCAGUCAAUUACAAUUGACCUCGGUGAUCUUCCGCGAUAUGAUGUUGCAGUUGGCCCGAGCAACGACGAUGAUGUAGUUAUAGAGGAGGCGGAGGAGGAGGAGGAGGAAGAGGAUUGGGAGACCGAAAGUGAUGAUAGCAACGAUAACGAAAGUUAUUAUAGUUCAGAUGAUGAAUGA